GGCGUUUGAAAAAACAUGAUGCAUAAAACUAAACUAAAUACUAAAAAUAAUAAAACAACAACUGCAUUUAAUACAUCAUUAUCAUCAUUAUCACCAUCGAUAUCAUCAACCUCAUCAUUAUCUUCUUUAAACACAACAACUGAUGAUCUACAACAUUCGCUGCAGCAUCAUCAUCGCAACCAACACAGCAGCCACCACCAUCAGCAGCAGCAACAAUCGUAUCCCCAACAAUCUUCAUCUUCAUCUAUUUUGAAUUCAUCCAUUGCUUCAAUUGAUUUGGAGCAGUACAUUGAAGCCAUGGAGGCACGUACAACAUCUAUUGAACAUAACCCGGAAACAGAUGUCUGGGCCCAGCUGCAACAAAAAGAAUCGGACAUCUUGUUGGCCGCAGAGUUGGGCAGUGCACUGCUCAAGAAAACCGAAGAGCUGGAGAAGCAACAAGAAAUGUUAAUUGAGGAUUAUUCAGCAAAAAUAGAGAAAUUGGAACAAGAAAAACAUGUCUUGCGGCAGAAACUGGCACUUGCUGAAGAGGAAAGUGAACAAAGGGUGCUGGAAAUACAAACAGAUCUCAAUGAACUUAAAAACAAAUUGCAGGCUCAGGAUAAUGCAAUACGUCAAGCGGAAAAAGAGAAAACCAUAUUAAUUGAAGAACUAUCCAGUCAAAAUUCCCGUCUAACCGAGCAAAUACAAGAGGCUCACAAUACGGAAAUGAAAUUAAUGUCACAAAUUCAGGAACUUAAAGAUCAGUACUCCUACAGAAAUAGCAGUUUACAGGAACACGUCAACAGCCUGGAGUCCAUAAAAACAGAAUUAAAUUUAACCACAGAGAAACGUCAUGAAUUGGAGAAACGCUUACAAAUGGCCAGAGAAGAAAAGGAUAAUAUUAGUUCGGCUUUGGAAGAGGCUUCAGAUCGUAUACAUAUGUUGGAGCGACAUGCCAGGGAGCAGGAAACAAAAUUGGAGACCACAUUGCAGGCCCUUGAAAGAGCCACCAGAGAAAACAAUGUGCUCAGUGAGCGCUUGGGAGCGGAUAAUUAUUCUGGUUCCACCGGUAAAAAGUCCCUACAAUUCGAAAUGGAAUGUGACGAAGAUGAGGCUAGUUUUUCGGAAGACGGCAAACCUUCACAAAUCUGGGUAGAGAGUCGUUCUGUAUAUAUACAAUUGAAAUCUCUGGUAGAUUCUUUAAAAAUCGGUCAUGAUGAUGACUCAGGUUUUACAGGUUUAAAUUCGGACAUAUCAUUGGAUUUGGAGUCUAUGGAUAAUACAAUAUCCACCAAUGGCAAUAGUGAGGGUGGCCAUAAUGCCAUCAAUUUUCGCCCAGGCAUGCUGUCGGCCAUGUCCGAUGAGCUAACCCGUUUGCUGCUGAAUUUGGAUGCGGGCAAUUUCAAAAAGAUGCUAGAUCAGACCAGAAAUUUGGUAUUGGAACAGGAGGAUGAAAUUAAGAGAUCUCAUCAAUUGAUUCAGCAGCUAGAAUCUAAGUUGGCUGUUACUGAUGUUGAAUUGAUUAAUGUCAAGGAGGAAAGAGAUCAGGCUCGCGGUGAUUUGGUAGACACCACCGAUCGUGAUGAAUUACUGGCUAAAGCCCAAAAAGAACGUGAUAAUGCUGCCGAAAGACGCACGAAAGCCGAAGUUGAAUUGGCCAAGACCCGUGUGGAACUCAUGCAGGCCAAUUCCCAAUUAUUGGAAUCCAUUCAACAAAAGGUGGAAUUAUCGCAACAAUUGGAACAGUGGCAGAUGGACAUGCAGGAACUCAUCGAAGAGCAAAUGCGCUCGAAAAUGAUUAACAAUCGCAAAGUGCAAACGGCUGAACCUCAACAAACCAGUGCUGCUGCUAAUUUAGCCAAACGUUGGUCCAACUAUAAACUCUGGGGAAUCUUUCAACGGUAAUCUAAUAGAAUUGAAAUGGUGGCGCUAUGCGUCUAUAAUUUUAAUCAUGUAAAAGCUUUUAAUUAAUUUUAUUAUUAUUUUUUUUAUUUUUUUUUUAAUUUUUGUAUAAACUCUACAAUAUAAACUACUUUAUUUUUAUUACUAUUUCUAAAAACUAAAAUUAAUUAAGAAACUAAUAACAAAAACAUACCUACAUAUUUAUCUAGUAAUAAUUAAUUAAAUUUUUGUAUAUUUUAUUGAGUGAGGAAAUGAAAAUUUUAAAGGAAAAACCUUUAAAAUUGUUUUUAAUGAAUGAAAAAUGGUUUUGAGAAAACAAAUCAAAACAAAUUCUAUUUAAUUAUAUAACUAAAAGAAAUGUACCUUUUUUGUAAUUUAAAAUCAACAAAAAAAAAUCUUGAAAAAAAUGUUGAAGAUUAAAAUUUAAAUAACUUUUUAUAUUUACAUAUUCACUCUGUAGGCGGUAGGCUUUAUACACCUUCAUUAGUUUUGUACUAGAUUAAAGAAACUGGCUGCAUUUUAUCUUUAAUCUAGCAGGAAACUGGCGAUGGCCUAAAACGUCUACUGCCAACAUUGAAGGGUGAUGAUUUGUUUAAAAUUUAUGUUUAUUACAAUAUUUUUUAAUUUAGAGACACAGUAAUUGAAACAUUAACGCUUUUCUUAUGUAUAAACAAAUUUUAUGUUUUUUAAUUUAGAUUAUUUAAUUAAUGAAAAGAAAAUAACAAAAUAUAAGUAGAAAUAGAGAGAUUUUUCUAGGGAUUUAUCUUCUGUUUAACCCAAUUUAAAACAGGUCAUCAGGUUUAUUAUUUGGAUGUAGUUUGAAAGCCAGUUUGAAUCAUUUCAAUUGAAAUAUUUUUCAGAAAAUUUAAAUUUUCAUAAAAUUUUGUUUAUUAAUUGGUAUAACCUUUUACUGAAACAUUUCUGUAUAUUUUGAACCCUUCAAUUUGAAAAUAUUAAUUAAAACUUUGCCAAAAUAUUCUGAAAGUCCGAGAUUUCAUUAUAAAUAAAGUUAAUUAAAAUAUUUUUGAGAAGGGUUGUGAAAAUGUAAGAUUUUUUUACAAAAUACUUAAGCAAAACUUAAAAUUGGAACAUCGAUCAAAUUAAGGUUAUGAGUAAAAAUUCUCUAUUUUUAUGAAAAUUUUAAAAUCCUUUUUGUAGUGUUUACUCUGAAUGCUAUAACCUUUGUAAAAUAGUAAUAAAAUCUUAAAAUAACAUUAAUCUAAUGGUUAACAUGACAACAAGUUAAUAAUUGUAUUGUUUUGUUACAUUUGUUUCAUAAAUUGAGGUUAUGUUCAACUCAAAAUUCAUUUUAGAAGAAACUACAAAAACAUAUGUAUAUUUUGUUUGCCGGAAGUCUAAAUAUACUGCCCAAUUUUAAUAAACUCCUUAAAUAUUGCUUUACUAAAGUUAAUUGCUUUUAAAAAGCUUCACAUUUUGUUACAGCUACUUUUAAAAUUGAGGUUAUGUGUUAAAAUUCUUUAUUUUUUUACUCUCAAUUAUAAAACCUUUGUCAAAUAGUAAUAAAAUCUUAAAAUAACAUUAUGAUAAUGAUCAACAUGACAAAAAGUUAAUAAUUGUAUAGUUUCAGAUAUUGUGGUUAUGUUCAACUUUUUAAAUUGUUCAAAUUUGUACUUAACCUCUCAUAUUAUGUUAUUUUCUUUUUCUUUAUUAUUAUAAAUUAUAAUAUGCCUUAUACCAUUCUAUAUAUUUUAAUAAUAUUUUUAAAACAACCUUAAAGUACUUAAAGAAAUUUUUAAAACAAACAAAAAUCAAAUACGUUGUAGCACAACAACAUAUCGCUUAAAAUUCUCGUUAGAUUUAUGUUAACAAUACAAAAAUGGCAGAAAUUAAAAGGAAAUUCUAAAAGAAUUUAAAAAAACCCUUAAAAUCAAUUAAUUAUUAUUAUUUCUUAAAAACCAGAUUACAUACUAAAAAUUAAACAAGAAAACCGAAAACAAAACAUAUUUUUAAAGAAAUAAAAAAUAAGUUAGAAUUAAGUAAAGCACGAAAUCAAAGCAAAGAUUUUUUUAAAAUAAUAAACAAAAGUUUAAUUUAAAUUUCUUUAAAAAAAAACGAAAUUUUUUUUAGAAAAAAAGCUUUAAUUUCACCUACUUGCCUUAAUUCUGACAAUGAAGCAAAAACAAAAACACGACACUUGAUAUAAAAAAAAAACAACAAAACAACUAAUUUUUAAUUAAUUAAACUUAAAUGUAAAUGUUAUAUAACUAUUUAAUAAUAAAAAUAACCUAAAAUAAAACAAAUUUAUUUAGUAAAUCAAA